CAAGCGGACGUGACCCAUUUUAUCAGAAGGGAAAUUUCCAAUUAAAAUUUUAAUUUGAAAUCCGCCAGAAAACCACGUUCGUUGAUAAUAAUCCCGCGUAUGUAUGUAUAUAUAUAUAAAUCCCACGGGAGAUUUUCCUUAACCAACAACAACGCCUUUGCACAGCUCAGACCCUGACGGAUAAAAACCGUUAGGGUGAACGCCACUCGCCCAAAACUCGCUCUUCACCGCUUUCGACCCGGUUCCCACUCGUCCGAGUCCGAGCUCAACCUCCGGGCUCUGUUCGGGUUUUGAUCUGCUGAGAUCCGAGGUUGUAUUCUUGUGUUCAAGCUGCCUGUAAAAUUCUGAAUGUAUUGAUAUCAGGGAAAGCAAAGGGCAUAUCAAAAUGAAGGCACUCAUUCUUGUUGGAGGUUUUGGAACACGUUUGCGGCCAUUGACACUCAGUGUCCCUAAGCCGCUUGUUGAAUUUGCAAACAAACCCAUGAUCCUGCAUCAGAUAGAGGCUCUUAAGGCAAUUGGUGUUAGCGAAGUGGUUCUGGCGAUCAAUUACCAACCAGAGGUGAUGAUGACUUUCCUGAAGGAGUUUGAGACAAAGGUUGGCAUCAAGAUCACAUGCUCACAAGAGACUGAGCCCCUUGGUACUGCUGGACCUCUGGCUCUUGCUAGAGACAAACUGAUAGAUGAUUCUGGCGAGCCCUUCUUUGUCCUUAACAGUGAUGUUAUCAGCGAGUACCCAUUUAAGCAAAUGAUCGAAUUCCAUAAAUCCCAUGGAGGAGAAGCUUCCAUAAUGGUGACCAAGGUGGAUGAGCCAUCGAAAUAUGGAGUGGUGGUUAUGGAAGAAUCUACAGGGAAAGUUCAGAAAUUUGUAGAGAAACCAAAACUGUUUGUUGGUAACAAAAUCAAUGCUGGAAUAUACCUGUUGAACCCCUCAGUUCUUGAUCGAAUUGAGCUGAGACCAACUUCAAUUGAGAAAGAGGUAUUCCCAAAUAUUGCAGCAGAGAAUAAGCUCUUCGCAAUGGUCCUUCCAGGGUUUUGGAUGGACAUUGGGCAACCAAGGGAUUAUAUUACAGGCCUGAGACUCUACUUGGACUCAUUGAGGAAGAACUCUUCAUCUAAGUUGGCCAGAGGCUCCAAUGUUGUGGGAAAUGUUCUGGUGGAUGAGACUGCCAAAAUUGGAGAGGGGUGCCUGAUUGGACCAGAUGUUGCAAUUGGUCCGGGUUGCGUUGUUGAGUCAGGAGUUAGGCUAUCUCGCUGUACAGUAAUGCGUGGAGUCCGGAUCAAGAAGCAUGCUUGCAUUUCCGGCAGUAUCAUCGGAUGGCACUCCACAGUUGGACAAUGGGCUCGUGUAGAGAACAUGACUAUCCUCGGAGAAGAUGUUCAUGUAAGCGAUGAAAUUUACAGUAAUGGAGGUGUGGUUUUGCCCCACAAAGAAAUCAAGUCGAGCAUUUUGAAGCCAGAAAUUGUAAUGUAGGGUGUGUGCUGUUGCUUAUGUUCAAAUUACACACAACAGAAUGCGUCUAGGGAGGAUAGUAAGUUUAUUUGUUUGAUAUGUAUUUGUUAUUAUUUUUUCCCUUAUCCCUGUUCUUUUACACAGUGCAAAGGUUCUGCUGCUCCUUCCAUGUGAUGUUCUUGAACUUGAAGUUUUGGGUCAGUCAGUGUCCUCCAUGACUAAAUUGUUGUGAGAACUUGUGUAUGCUUUAGUGUAUAUAGAAAUAAAUUGUCAGUCGGCUUCUCUGGAUUCUGGCUGUGUAUCUUACCAAGGUUGAAUUUUUUUAAUGAAUAUAUCAUUUUUGCAUUUUUAAA